CCAACCCAGUUGGACGGGGGCGGCAAAGGAGGGGGCUUUAGAAGAUGAGACGCCUAGAGGAGCCCCACCCACAGCAGACCUUGAUCGUAUAUAAGGUCGGUGCAGGGCAGCCUCCGCCAGACAGCUCCUUCCAGCUAGGUCAUCAUGAACACUCUGACUGUUCUCUCCCUGGCAGUGGCGGUGGCCUGCGCCAGCGGCCAGCUCUUGGCCUACCCUGGGCUGUACGGGUAUCCUGGAGUCCUGGGAAUGUUGCCCAAGGCCACGCCCAUCACCCUGAAGACGGUUUCCCCCAGCACCUUCACCCUCAAGACCGUGCCCGCUGCUCCUAUCACAUACAAGACUGUGGCUGCUGGGCCAGUCUCUCCCAUCACCUACAAUGUUGCUCCAGUGGCUCCCCUCACCUCAGUAGCUCCUGUCGCCCCAGUAGCCUCCGUCGCUCCUCUGGCUCCUUUCCAUUCAAAAUUCCACGCUCAGGAUGAGCUGGGCCAGUACUCCUUCGGCUACGCCGGCGGUCCCUCUUCUCGCGCUGAGACCCGCGACGCCUUCGGGAGAGUGAGCGGCGCCUACAACUACGUGGACCCCGAGGGCAAGGUACAGACCCAGCACUACGUGGCUGACGCCCUGGGCUUCCGUGUGUCCGGCACCAACCUGCCGGUGGCUCCUGAUGCCCCCGAGGCACCCGCCCUCGUCGCACCUGAGCCAGUGCAGGACACCCCUGAGGUUGCUGCCGCCAGGGCAAGUUUUAGGUCUCUCCUUGAGGAAGCUGCGGCCACUCCUGAGGCUGCCUCCGAAACUGUUGCCGAGCCCGCCCCCGAGGCUGCUGCAGAGACUGCCGUUGAACCCGCAGCCGAAGACGCCACCGUGAGCCGCAAGAAGCGAGCGGUCGUGGUUCCUGCCACCUAUCCCUUCCAUGCCCCUCUCUCCUUCGCCUACGGCUACAAUACUCCUCUCACCUACUCCGCUGGCUUCCCUGCCACCUACGCCGCUGGCCUCCCUGCCGUGGCCACCUACUCAGGAAUCCCCGCCGUCACCGCCUACUCUGCCGCCGCCCCUGCCGCUGUGAAGGACGCCAGCCUGCUGCGAGUGGUGCACAACCCCAAUCACGCUGUUUCCUACCGCGUGGACCUGGAGGAAGAACACCAUGUAGGAGAGGAACAUUUCAUAUCUGCUUGCUCGGCGCGGCAGACCUCGUCCCUGCCGCCUGGCCUCCAGCUGGCUGGCACACAGGCAGCAUCGGCUCGCCGACGGUCACCCCAAAGACUCUGCGUUGUGCUCUGCUUGGCGGCGGCCGUGGCCUGCACCAACGGUUUCGUACUGAAUUACCCUGGAGUGUACGGCCACCCUGGACUCUUUGGGGGCUAUCCCGGCCUGCUGGGCGUCACACCCUAUGCGGCUCAUGGACAAGUCGCCUUGAAGGCUGCUCCCGUUGCUCCACUUACCUACAAUGUAGCUCCCGUCGCUCCCGUGGUGGCACCCGUGGCUCCCAUCCAGUCCCAGUUCCACGCCCAGGACGAGCUGGGCCAGUACUCCUUCGGCUACGCCGGCGGUCCCUCCUCUCGUGCCGAGACCCGCGACGCCUACGGAAGAGUGACCGGUUCCUACAACUACGUGGACUCCGAGGGCAAGGUGCAGACCCAGCACUACGUGGCUGACGCCCUGGGCUUCCGUGUGUCCGGCACCAAUCUGCCGGUGGCCCCUGAUGCCCCCGAGGCGCCCGCCGUUGCCGGACCUGAGCCAGUGCAGGACACCCCUGAGGUUGCUGCCGCCAAAGCCGCCUUCAAGAUGGCUUUCGAUGAAGCCGCCGCCGCCGCUGAGGCCGCCCCCGACACUCACUAAUAGAGCACUCGUGGUGCCGUAGAGCACUUCGGACUGAUAUGUUCGGCAUUAGUGUAUGGCAGAAUGUUUUUCUUCAUGCACUUUUCCCUGCCAAGGAUGAACAACGUUGGCCCUGAACAAGCAUCGUCCGAAUGUUGACGGCGCCGCCUUCCUUCCUGUACAUCUGUACAUACUGCACAGAGCGUCUCGACUACUUCCGAACGAUUCUGAAUGAAAACUAAACUAAAAAAAAAAGAAAAAAAAUAAAUAAAGAGAAUGUUUUUAA